AUGGUGGAGGCGGGACAAGGGGUGGACUAUACGUCCUCGCUCGCGUCAAUCAUGAACGUGGGGCGGGGCUGGAGGACUAGUUGCCCCGGCACGUCCUGCCCCGCCGGAAGUGAAGGUGCGGGUUCGGCCGCGGGCUCUGAGCUGGUGAGGCGCGCGGAAGCACCGGUGCUGAGAAUCAGCGGGGUCGGCCCCUGCCUGAUGGCAGCAGUAGUUCUAGGGGGAGACACCAUGGGUCCUGAGCGUAUCUUCCCCAGUCAGACUGAGGAACUCGGGCCACACCAGGGCUCUACAGAAGGUACUGGGGAUUGGAGCAGUGAGGAGCCAGAGGAAGAGCAGGAGGAAACGGGGGCAGGCCCAGCUGGCUACUCCUACCAGCCUCUGAACCAAGAUCCUGAACAAGAGGAAGUGGAGCUGGCACCGGUGGGAGAUGGAGAAGAUGUAGUUGCUGAUAUCCAGGACCGGAUCCAGGCUCUGGGGCUUCAUUUGCCAGACCCACCAUUAGAAAGCGAGGAUGAAGAUGAGGGGGGAGCUACAGCAUUGAGCAACCACAGCUCUAUUCCCAUGGACCCAGAACACGUAGAGCUGGUGAAAAGGACGAUGGCUGGAGUAAGCCUGCCUGCGCCAGGGGUUCCUGCCUGGGCUCGGGAGAUUUCAGAUGCCCAGUGGGAAGAUGUGGUACAGAAGGCCCUCCAAGCCCGGCAGGCUGCCCCUGCCUGGAAGUGACCACCCUGAGAGCUGCCUUAUCUCCCUGCAUUCCAGGCCAUGACCAGCACAGGACUGAACACAUCUUGGUUGUAAUGUCCAUCUUCAUCUUCCUGUCUCCCUUUCCACACCAAGGCAAAUCAGACUUCUUCUCAGAGACCCACUUUAUUCAGUUCUGUACAUAUGGGGACAUCGGCCCAAGCCCAACCCACCAUAGCAUGUAUCACUCUGUGGAGAAUAAAGCACCCUAUGUACACAGCCAAAA